AGCGUAGACUUCAACCACGGAAAUCCGGCUUAAGGCAUAAUUUCCCUUGCCUACAUGUCUCUACUGCACGUUUUUUAUACUUGUGCACGAGUGUGAGACAGUGUGAUAAUCCAACUGCAUCAGCAUCUCUUAAAUUUCAUCUGUUUAUGAUCUGGGAUUCGCGUUUUGAAAGCCGCGUACUGGCGCACUUGUUCACGUUGUUGCGUAUUCGACGCACAAGGAAUUUACCGGCAUAUUUCUUGGGAAUGAAACACUGACGUGUUGAUUGAUUGGAGUGUGAUACGAAAGUUUUUAUAUUCUUCUUUAAUUUAGUGUUUCUCUUAAGAUCAUUUGAGAUAUUUAAGGCACAAUGGACUUUCUGGAAUAUCCGGAUGUAACGGCUGAGGUUAAAGGCGCUAUGACGCCUGGGAGACUCAAACUCACUGAUCAGAAUCUUAUAUUUAAAAAUCAGAAAACGGGGAAAGUCGAGCAGAUAUCUGCAGCUGAUAUGGAAAUGGUCAAUUAUCAAAAGUUUGUUGGAACUUGGGGACUGAGAAUAUUUUUGAAAAAUGGAACAUUGCACAGAUUUCGUGGCUUCAAGGAAGGAGACCAAGAAAAAAUAGCUAAAUUCUUCAGUGUAAAUUAUAAGAAAGACAUGCUUGAGAAGGAACUAAGUUUAAAGGGUUGGAAUUGGGGAACUGCUAAGUUCAAUGGAUCUGUCUUAAGCUUUGAUGUAGGCCAUCACACAGCUUUCGAAAUCCCUCUAUAUGAUGUAUCUCAAUGUAACACAGGAAAGAAUGAAGUUACGUUGGAAUUUCAUCAGAAUGAUGAUGCUCCAGUUAGUCUCAUGGAAAUGAGAUUUCACAUUCCAGUUAGUGAUAGCGCAGACCAGGAUCCUGUUGAGGCUUUCCAUCAACAAGUUAUGGAGAAAGCCUCUGUUAUUAGUGUCAGUGGAGAUGCAAUUGCAAUCUUCAGAGAAAUUCAGUGCCUCACGCCUCGCGGUCGAUACGAUAUUAAAAUAUUUCAAUCAUUCUUUCAACUUCAUGGUAAAACGUUUGAUUAUAAGAUUCCAAUGUCCACUGUCUUGAGACUAUUUCUCCUACCACAUAAAGACAGCAGACAAAUGUUCUUUGUGGUCAGUCUCGAUCCACCCAUCAAACAGGGUCAGACUCGAUACCAUUAUUUGGUAUUAUUAUUCAACCAAGAAGAAGAAACUUCAAUUGAACUUCCCUUUUCUGAGAAAGAACUGAAAGAAAAGUAUGAUGAUAAAUUAUCAAAGGAGCUGUCUGGACCGACUUAUGAAGUCCUCGGUAAAGUCAUGAAAGUCAUUAUCAACAGAAAGCUCACAGGCCCUGGUGGCUUUUUAGGGCAUUCUGGAACACCAGCAGUUGGAUGUUCUUUCAAGGCUGCAGCUGGCUACCUGUAUCCACUUGAACGUGGCUUCAUUUAUGUUCACAAGCCACCAAUUCACAUACGUUUUGAUGAAAUUCUGUCAGUAAACUUUGCUCGAGGUGGUGGAUCUACCAGAUCUUUUGAUUUUGAGAUUGAGUUGACCAGUGGUGUAGUGCAUACAUUUAGCAGUAUUGAAAAGGAGGAAUAUGGAAAGCUAUUUGAUUUUAUCACAUCAAAGAAGCUGAGAGUCAAGAAUCGUGGAAAGACCGACAAGCUUACUUACGACAACGACUUUGGUGACAGCGAUCAGGAGGAUGAGCCUGAUGCUUAUCUGGCACGAGUCAAAGCAGAAGCUCAGGAACGUGAUGACGACAACCAGGACUCCGAGGAGUCUACAGAUGAGGAUUUUAAUCCGAAUCAGGUCGAGAGUGACGUGGCUGAGGAGUAUGAAAGUGAUCCGAAGACUUCGGAUAGCGAGGACGAUUCAGAUGCAUCUGCAAGCAGCAAAAAGAAAGAAAAGAAAGAGAAGAAGGAAAAAAAAGAGAAGAAACACAAAUCUGCUAAGACUGUGUCUGAGAAACCAAGAAAACAACGUAAACCGAAAAAGGAAAGAGAUGAGAACAAACCCAAGAGACCUGCAACUGCGUUCAUGUUGUGGCUAAACAACACACGCGAACAGAUCAAGACAGAUAAUCCUGGAAUUUCGGUAACUGAUAUCGCCAAAAAGGCAGGCGAGAUUUGGCGAGAGCUUAAGGAUAAAUCUGAGUGGGAAAAGAAAGCAGCAAAGGCUAAGGAGGAAUACGCAGUAGCCAUGAAGGAGUACGAAAACUCACUAAAAUCUAAGGAUAAAAAAGAAAAGGUUGAAAAAGUAGAGAAAGUGGAUAAGAAAAAGAAGGAAACCAAAAAAGAAAAGGACUCCCCUAACAAAGCAAUGACCGGAACCUCAUUCAAGAGUAAGGAGUUCAUUCAAGAUGAUGACAGCAGUAGCAGCGACGAUGAGAAGUCUAAGAAGAUGGGCUCGGAUGCCGAUAGCGCAGAGGACAAAAGAAAAAAGAAGGCUAACAAGCGUACUGCGGAGGAGGACGGAAAGAAGGUCAAGAAGGAUAAGAAGGAAUCUGAUGAUGAAGGUAGUGACGUUGAUUUUCAGGAACCUGGUGACAGCACGCCAGCAUCAAGCGAUGCAGAAUCCAAAGGGAGCGAUUGAGUGCGCAAUCAAAUGUUCUGAGAUUGUAUAAAGUUUUUUUUUUUCUUUUCUCUGUAUUAUCCAGAUUCGCAAAGUUUCGCAGUGGGCAUUGAAGUCGCUAUGAGAACUGUUACGCAAAGUGACUUAACGCCUGUACGAAAAUGUACCCUCUAUUAAAACUUGAAUAACAUUUA